AUUUUCCCAACUAUAAAUUACUACUCACUGUUAUGUUAUCACCCCUCGCAAUUCACGAAGACCCAUUGAAGGAUGGACAGCGGCGGCGGAAACGGCGAUGGGUUUGUCAGGGCCGAUCAAAUCGAUCUCAAGAGCUUGGAUGAACAGCUUCAGAGGCAUCUGAGUAGGGUAUGGACGAUCGAGAAUAAGAAGAAGCAAGAGCAAUCGGUCGGGAGAAUCCAGGAGGAAUGGGAGAUAGAUCCAUCCAACCUCACUAUCAAGAGUGUUAUCGCUCGUGGCUCAUUCGGUACCGUUCAUCGCGGUGUCUACGAUGGCCUUGACGUUGCAGUUAAACUUCUUGACUGGGGAGAGGAGGGGCAUAGAUCAGACACAGAAAUAUCAUCACUUAGAGCUUCUUUUACACAAGAAGUUGCUGUUUGGCAUAAGCUUGACCAUCCUAAUGUAACUAAGUUUGUAGGGGCUAUAAUGGGUGCAACUGAUAUUAACAUUCAGACAGAAAGUGGACAAAUUGACAUGCCUAGGAAUAUUUGCUGUGUGAUUGUUGAAUAUCUUCCUGGAGGAGCACUGAAGAAUUUCCUCAUUAAAAACCGAAGGAAGAAGCUACCUUUCAAAGUUGUCAUUCAACUUGCACUCGAUCUUGCAAAAGGGCUGAGCUAUCUUCACUCUGAGAAAAUUGUCCAUAGGGAUGUGAAGACUGAGAAUAUGCUUCUAGACAAGACUCGUGUGUUAAAAAUAGCUGACUUUGGAGUUGCUCGUGUGGAGGCUUCAAAUCCGAAUGACAUGACUGGUGAAACCGGAACCCUUGGCUAUAUGGCACCUGAGGUUCUCAAUGGCAACCCUUAUAACAGGAAAUGUGAUGUGUAUAGUUUUGGAAUUUGUCUGUGGGAGAUAUAUUGUUGUGACAUGCCAUAUCCCGAUCUGAGCUUCUCUGAAGUAACCGCUGCUGUAGUCCGACAGAAUCUGAGACCAGAGAUACCUCGAUGCUGUCCAAGUGGUCUUGCGAAUGUGAUGAGACGAUGUUGGGAUGCUAACCCGGAUAAGCGGCCAGAGAUGGAGGAGGCGGUUACAAUGUUGGAGGCCAUAGACACAUCCAAGGGUGGAGGUAUGAUUCCUCCCGGUCAGUCUCAAGGUUGUUUUUGCUUCCGCAAAAAAAGAGGACCUUAAACUUUUUGAAUAUCUUUGUUUGAACUCAAAUCCUCCUACCUAAAUUAUGAACUGGACCAAGCUUUGUUACCUUUAAGGUUAUGAAGUAUUAGAGGAGGUUUUUAUUAUAAUCAAUAAUAACUGUUAUCUCACCCUUAUCAUCA